AGUUGGAAAAAUCUGUUUUCAGCAUUUGCUAGACAAGUGACAACCAAACUAAGACCAAACCAAACCACCUUUGACUAUUAUUCUAACAAACCCCAUAUCUUUAUCUAUCACUAUUAUUCUCUCAAUAUAUUUACAAAUCACUAGCAUUUCAUUUUCUUUUCCUGUAACCUGUCUUUGUUAUAAAGAACUACUGUUUAUUGACACUCUAACUAUAGAUUCCUCCAAACUUGCCAGCUUCCUUGAUUCCCAUUACAUAUGCUUUAAAGUUGUGAUAGUUUGGAUCAUUUUAUACUGGUUUGUUUUGCACAAAGAUUUGUUCUUUGUAAAGAGAGAUGAGGAAUUGGAGAUGGGGUUUUCUUUUGCUUCUUCUUGAUCUUGUUUUCUUGUUUGGAAUUGAAGCCCAACGUACUGAGAGAAUCUCAGGUAGUGCUGGUGAUGUCUUGGAAGAUGAUCCUGUUGGGAGGUUAAAAGUUUUUGUAUAUGAGCUUCCCAGCAAAUACAACAAGAAAAUUCUUCAGAAAGACCCACGAUGUCUCAGCCACAUGUUUGCUGCGGAGAUCUAUAUGCAUCGUUUCCUCUUAUCUAGCGCUGUCCGAACCCUUAAUCCUGAGGAAGCUGAUUGGUUCUACACCCCUGUUUACACCACUUGUGACCUGACACCGAAUGGCCUUCCUUUACCCUUCAAGUCACCACGAAUGAUGAGGAGUGCAAUACAACUUAUUGCUUCUAACUGGCCUUAUUGGAAUAGGACAGAGGGUGCUGAUCACUUCUUCAUUGUCCCACACGAUUUUGCUGCUUGUUUUCAUUAUCAAGAGGAAAAAGCUAUUGGGAGGGGUAUUCUUCCGUUGCUCCAGCGUGCAACUUUAGUUCAAACAUUUGGACAAAGAAAUCAUGUUUGUUUGAAGGAUGGUUCAAUUACAAUUCCUCCCUAUGCUCCUCCACAGAAAAUGCAAUCCCACUUCAUCCCUCCAGAUAUUCCGCGAUCCAUCUUUGUUUACUUCCGUGGCUUGUUCUAUGACGUAGGAAAUGAUCCAGAAGGUGGUUAUUAUGCGAGAGGUGCCCGGGCAGCAGUGUGGGAGAACUUUAAGGACAAUCCUCUCUUUGAUAUUUCUACGGAGCAUCCAACUACCUACUAUGAGGACAUGCAGCGAGCCAUCUUUUGCUUGUGCCCACUUGGGUGGGCUCCAUGGAGCCCGAGAUUGGUUGAAGCAGUUAUAUUUGGAUGCAUCCCUGUUAUCAUUGCAGAUGAUAUUGUCUUACCAUUUGCUGAUGCAAUUCCCUGGGAAGAGAUUGGUGUUUUUGUAGCCGAGAAGGACGUUCCAAAUUUGGAUACUAUUCUCACUUCUAUUCCACCAGAGGAAAUAUUAAGGAAGCAGAGAUUGCUUGCCAACCCUUCAAUGAAGCAGGCUAUGUUGUUUCCACAACCUGCUCAACCAGGCGAUGCUUUCCAUCAAAUUUUGAAUGGACUUGCUCGUAAACUGCCACACGACAGGAGCGUUUACUUGAGGCCCGGGGAGAAGGUCUUAAACUGGACUGCUGGUCCAGUUGGUGACCUAAAACCUUGGUAGAAGCUGGACCAGUAAAUCUUGGCUUUCAACCUUAAUGCCGCGUCAAAGGUGUGGAAUUAAUGUGAAGUGUAAAUCUUAAGCAUGUAGUUUCUUCGAUGAAGUAUAGAAUCUUUUGUUGAUAACAGCACCCAGAGGAAGCAACAUGUUACAAAAUCUUAAGCUGGAGGGUUUUUUUGUAGUUAUGGAAGGCUACACAUUCAUUUUUGGAGCUGUAGGAUUUGUCGUACAAACAGCUGUGUUGGUUCCCUAGUGUACACUGUACUCAUGUGUGCCACUAAAAUUGUGUUAUAAACUCCUUCCAUUUUCUAUUACUUCCCCCAUUGAGCGUCGUUAUACCAAGCUAUAUUAAAACCUAUUAAAAAAAAAAAAAAAAAAAAAAGGACAACCCAUGACGGUCACGGAUGUUAGAAAUUCAUUUCACUUUUUUUACAUAAUUUUUUGUUAAUGAGUCACGAUUUAACUCAAGUCAAGAAUUUACGUCCAUUGUAAUUCGAUGUUCAAAUAUAUGAGUUGCCUUAUCAAAU